AUGAGUGUAAUAAUCGACAUCGAUAAUUAUCCGAGCUUGUCGUCAGUCCUACAGGAAUUAGAAAAACAAGAUGUACAAAACAAGGGUCCAUUUUGUACCACAAAGCCAGCGGAGACGACAACAGACCAUCAGCUGCGAAAACCAAGGUCAUUCACAACAAUCGCUCGAGAGCCGCCUCAGGAAGUAAAAGCUUUGCGUAGAGGGAGCGAUCCAUCUGCUGAAAGACCCAAAAAAAUAGAGCCUCGAUUGCGAGUCCAAAGUGCACCGUGUCCUUCUGUUGAUCCUGCUUUACUACAAGGCGACUCACGCCUCACCGAGAAUGCUAAAAAACUCAGUAAUGAGGAACUGGCAAUGUUGUACGAGGACAUCCUUAAGCCGCUGGAUUUUAAUUCGAUUCUGUUUGAACGAAUGCAGCUAGGUGAACGAAUCUAA